CUGGUCGGUCACCGUUUCUCGGCGCCGGAAAUCACCUGGCGCAAGACGGUCCGCCGGCCGUCAGUCGGCGAGUUCAUCGAGGGCGUCGCCGGGCGAUUCGUAACCGACCUGUUGCGACGCGGCAAGUACCUGAUCGCGCCUUUGGACGAUGAUCAAUUCUUGGUUCUACACUUGGGUAUGACGGGCAGUUUGCGCAUCCACGACGCCCGGCGCGACCCGCCACCGAUGGUCCGGCACAUCUUCCCGCUGGACGACGGCCGUGAAAUGCGUUUCAUUGACCCGCGCAAGUUCGGACAUUUGUGGUUGCUGCCCGACCCGGCCGACGCCAUGCGCAAAAUGGGCGCCGAGCCGCUGGAGCCGGACUUCACCGUUGCUGUGCUUGCUGCAGCCCUGACCAGCCGCAGGUCUCCAAUUAAAGCCGUAUUGCUGGAUCAGUCCGUUAUCGCCGGCUUGGGCAAUCUCUAUGCCGACGAAGCCCUGUUUUUGUCAGGGAUACACCCCGAGCGCUCAGCUAACGGGUUGACCGACCAAGAAUUGCCGUCCCUGCACGACGCGAUUGUUCGGGCUCUAUCUACCUCAGUCGCCGCUUAUGCUGCCGCCCGGGACGCCGAAUGGCCUGACCCUCCCGUCGCGCUCUCCCCGUGGUCAGUCCCGAGGUCGGCCGCCGAACUGUGCCCGAAAUGCCAGGGUUCGGUCCAGAUGAUACGGGUGCGGGGCCGCAGUUCGUGGUAUUGCCCGACGUGCCAACCGGCCGGGUAA